UUAAUCUGUGAAGCACUUUUUUGUUGAUGUUAGUGCAACAUAAAUGCAGUUUGAUUGAUUAAUUGAUGUGUGACAGGUAUGACAGAAACCUUAUUGAAGCUCAGAACUGGGGUGUAAAGAAAGGCUCAAUUAUAGGAGUGUUUCAAGGAUACCUGUGGUGCAUCAUCUUUCUGUGUUAUGCCUUGGCCUUUUGGUACGGGUCUAAACUAGUCAUUGACACCAAGGAACUGACUCCAGGGAGCCUAAUUCAGGUUUUCUUUGGAGUGCUGAUGGCAGCUAUGAACCUUGGCCAGGCCUCACCAUGUCUGGAGGCCUUUGCUUCUGGUCGGGCAGCAGCAAAAACUAUUUUUGAAACAAUUGAUCGGGAACCAGAAAUUAAUUGUUUCUCAGAUGAUGGACAUAAAUUAGACAAAGUCAAGGGAGACCUGGAGUUCCACAACAUCACCUUCUUUUAUCCAUCUCGACCUGACGUUAAGAUUUUAGAUAACCUGAAUAUGCAGAUCAAGGCGGGAGAAACGACUGCUUUUGUUGGUCCGAGUGGAUCUGGAAAAAGCACCACAAUUCAACUCAUUCAAAGAUUUUAUGAUGCAGAGGAAGGAACGGUGUAUUUGGAUGGCCAUGAUAUUCGCACAUUAAACAUCCAGUGGCUUCGUUCUCUCAUUGGUAUUGUGGAGCAGGAGCCAGUGCUGUUUGCCACAACUAUUGCUGAAAAUAUACGAUAUGGCCGGCCUGGAGUAACCACGGAAGAAAUCAUCCAAGCAGCAAAAGAGGCCAAUGCUUAUAACUUUGUUAUGACUCUCCCACAGAAGUUUGACACAUUAGUGGGUGAAUGUGGAGGCCAGAUGAGUGGAGGACAGAAGCAGAGGAUUGCAAUAGCUCGAGCUCUCAUCAGAAACCCUAAGAUCCUGCUGCUGGACAUGGCCACAUCAGCCCUAGAUAAUGAGAGUGAAGCUGUAGUCCAAGAAGCUCUGGAUAAUGUACGUGCAGGAAGGACAACCAUCUCCAUAGCCCACCGUCUCUCCACAAUCAGAAAUGCAGAUGUGAUUGUCGGAUUUGAACAUGGACGUGCUGUGGAGAGAGGAACGCACAGCGAGUUACUAGAAAAGCAAGGUGUCUACUUCACUCUUGUGACCCUGCAGAACCAAGGUUCAUCCAACACACCAAAUGAAGUCAUCACUGAGCCAAAUGAGGAUGAAUUUGAUCUAAAAGUGGAGAGUUUUAGACAUGGAAGUUGUAGAUCUACCAAAAGCAGGAGCUCUGUACGUCUGCGAUCUCAAAGCCAACUGUCAAAUGACUUUGUCCCAGAUGCAUUGUCCGGAAGCUUCAUGAUCCCUUCAGAUCUCCAGAUAACACCUAAAAAUGUGACUGAGGAAGGCCCUGAAGAGCAUGAAGAGCCAGCUCCAGUUGCACGCAUCCUGAAGUACAACCGACCAGAGUGGCCGUACAUGCUGUUGGGAUCACUGGGAGCUGCAGUCAAUGGCUCUGUCAACCCCAUCUAUGCAGUCCUGUUCAGCCAGAUUCUCGGGACUUUUGCCGUUCAGGAUUUAAAUCAGCAACGGGAAGAGAUCAACGGGAUCUGCAUUCUGUUUUGCAUUGUGGCUGUUAUCAGUUUCUUUUCACAGUUUCUCCAGGGUUAUGCUUUUGCUAAGUCUGGAGAGCUGCUGACCCGCCGUCUGAGAAAAGUGGGCUUCCAGGCCAUGCUGAGACAGGAAAUUGGCUGGUUUGAUGAUCCCAGGAACAGUCCUGGGGCUUUGACUACCAGACUGGCCACAGAUGCAUCCAUGGUGCAAGGUGCAACAGGUUCCCAGAUUGGCAUGAUCGUGAACUCACUGACCAACAUUGGAGCCUCUUUCAUCAUUGCCUUCUACUUCAGUUGGAAGUUAACAUUAGUUAUCAUGUGCUUCCUGCCUCUUAUUGGACUGUCUGGUGUGUUCCAAGCCAAAAUGCUGACAGGAUUUGCAAACAAAGAUAAAAAAUCUAUGGAAGCAGCAGGUCAGGUAUCCAGUGAGGCUCUUGGCAACAUCAGAACUAUUGCAGGUUUAGCCAAAGAGCGCUCAUUUGUGGAAUCGUAUGAGCAAAAACUGGAGCUGCCUUUUAAAUCUGCCAAGAAGAGAGCCAACAUCUAUGGCCUAUGUUUCGGUUUUGCACAGUGUGUCAUCUUUAUGGCAUAUGCUGCUUCUUUUAGAUAUGGAGGUUACCUGGUCAGAGUUGAAGGGUUACCCUACAUGCUGGUGUUUAGAGUGAUUUCAGCCAUUGUGAUCAGUGGAAUGGCACUGGGCAGAGCUUCCUCCUUCACUCCAGAUUACGCCAAAGCCAAAAUUGCUGCUGCUCAAUUCUUUCAACUGUUGGACAGGGUUCCUAAAAUCAGCAUCAACCACACAGAUGGACAGAAAUGGGAGAUAUUCAAAGGAGAAAUUGAGUUUCUUAAUUGCAAGUUUACAUAUCCGACAAGGCCAGACAUUCAAGUGCUGAGUGGCCUGGUUGUUUCAGUGAAGCCUGGGCAGACUUUGGCUUUUGUUGGGAGCAGUGGCUGUGGGAAAAGCACCAGCGUCCAGUUACUGGAACGGUUUUAUGACCCAGAUGAGGGACAAGUGUUAAUUGAUGGUCACCCAUCCCAUACCGUCAAUGUUCCCUUCCUGAGGUCUCAGAUUGGCAUAGUGUCACAGGAACCAGUUUUAUUUGACUGCAGCAUAGCAGAGAACAUACAAUAUGGAGAUAACACUCGAACUGUUGCCAUGGAGGAGGUUGUGGAAGCUGCCAAGAAGGCCCAUCUACAUGACUUUGUGAUGGGUCUACCAAAUAAAUAUGAGACUCAGGUUGGUGCCCAGGGCUCACAGCUGUCAAGGGGACAGAAGCAACGCAUUGCUAUCGCUAGAGCCAUUGUCCGAAACCCCAAGAUCCUGCUGCUAGAUGAGGCGACUUCUGCUCUGGACACAGAGAGUGAACAGACUGUUCAGUCUGCACUGGAUGAAGCAAGAAAAGGACGGACCUGCAUUGUCAUUGCUCACCGGCUCUCCACCAUCCAGAAUGCAGACAUUAUAGCAGUAAUGUCCCAAGGAGUAGUCAUCGAACAAGGCACACAUGGUAAACUCAUGGCUAAGAAGGGAGCAUAUUACAAACUGGUCACAACAGGAGCUCCGAUCAGCUAAUCACUUGGAGCAACAAACAGUAUUAAGAAUCUUUGAUAAAAUAAAUCAGUACAUCACUAUGAAUUCAAUGAUGCUGUGGUGAGUGCAUAUUUAAAAUCAGAAGGUAAUAAUUUGAAAUUGAGUUUUUCUGUGUGUCUAAAAAAUGUGUCUAAAAAAUUAAUUUUUAUACACUUUCAUAUCAUUGAAAGAUACAAAAUAACAGCAAUGCAGGACGAUGUUUACCAGGUCUUAACAUCCUUGCAACAAAUGCUUCCGAUGUGCUCCCUGCUCCAAUUUCAGAUAUUAUGGCGUUAUUUGUCUCCUAGAGCAAAAAGCUAGUUGCAGUCUCUGUUAAAACAAAGUUAAUAAUUAUAUUGAUCAUUUUAGCUUUUUGAGAUUAAGACUCUAUUGUAUACAAUAUUUAUAUGUUUAUUGUUAUACUAUAUAAAUUGAGGGAUUAAAAAACUACAUCUUACUUUGUGUGUCUU